GGAGGGAAAGGGAGCAGGGGUCAGCAGGUGAAGGCCAGUUUGAAGAGGUGGGUUUUAAGGGCUUAUUUGAAUGAUAAUAUAACAUAACAGAAGUAGUUCUAUAUUAAAUACUUCACUUAAUACUUCACUGAACUGCUAAUUGGGGGAGAGAGAGGGGAAGGAGUGCAGGCUAGAGGGAGAGGGGCAGGGUUCAGUACCAGGCAGGUCCUUACAAGCAGAUUUGGCAGAUGUUGACUUUCACUUUCAGAUGUUCCCCACUUUCAACGCAGGCGUCCUGUUUAGUCUGCUUUGACACUGAAGGGGACGUGGCCAAGUUUGAAAUCCAGCGUAUGUGAGCAGGGAGUGGUUGUGCGUGAAGAACAGAGCAAAACCCCCAACGGAAGAAGUCAGGCUUUGUUCCGAUCUCAAAAGACAACAACACAAACACCAAAGACACAAAGACACAAGCAUCAUUUUCCAGAACCAUGUAUAUUGACUAUUGCAGUCUCCUGUUCAGCCGUCAAGACACGCUCCCUCCCACCACGCCAGGGAUUGUUGAGAUUUUGCAGUUAACCAUGGAUAUAAUACUUGAAAAGAAGAUCAUUCUAACCGAGAUCCUGUCUGCUGAAACGGCUUUUAUCCUCCAACAUGUUCAGCAGAACAAACUCAUCACAGAUCGUGACUACAGUGCUCUUAAAAGCCUACCUCAAAACACUGAGACGAUGUCUGGUGAAGUGCUGGAUAAACUGAGAGACAAGGGGGAAGACGCCUGUCAGAAGUUCAUAGUCUUGCUGAAGCAGCAGUGUGUGUUGGACCAAUAUCCAAGACUGAGAGAUGUUUUCUCAGAUCUCAGACAAGAAGAAGGUGCUGGGCCCAAGUCAUCUUCAGCAUCACCAGUGAAAGCCAGAGACAAAGUCUCUACAUUUCGGUGCGAACUCAUUAACGGAAUUGAAGAGGGCACUCUGAAAGGUCUGCUGGAUGGUCUUCAGAAAGCCACUGUGAUUAAGGGGAGGGAGAGGAAUACCGUUCUACAGAGGAACAGUGUGAUCGAAGACCAGGUGACCUGCCUCGUAGAUAUGGUGUGGAAGAAAGGUGAACAGGCCUGUGAGAUAUUUCUCUCUCUUCUGAUGGAACAUGACCCGACCCUCUAUGGGAAGCUUGGUUUGUAAACACCCCAGUGGUAGAAGUAGAUCUGUUUACUUACCUCUGGAAAAUCUGUGUCUCUUUACAAGUGUUUGUGUUACCUCCUGGUAUGAAAUGCGCCGUACAAAUAAAGUUUGAUUGCUUGAUUGUAA